AUGUUAAAAUUCACAAGUAAAAGUUAUCUCCACCGCCCAGACUUACUGAUUAUCCGACAAUUGCCUAUUCGAUAUGUUUUUCAUAGAUCGCUGUCGAAUGUUGUAAAAAAUAAUAAUAACCAAAAGUCUGAUCCACCCCCCAGAAAGAGACCGAAUGAAAAAACCAUUUUACAAAGGUUAAUUAAAGAUACUCCAAAAAACAAGCAAAUUUUAGCUAAAAAUCUCGACAAGGCUGUACCCAAGAUAAAGACUCCAGACACGCAAAAAUCAAAUUCGGUCAAGAAAAAAACACCGAAUGAAAAAACCAAGGCAACAGGGUUCAUUCAAGCGAAUAAAAAGCAAAAGCCGAUUCCCGCCAAAACUAAGAACGCUCGCAAACCAACAACCAUUGACAGCACGGGUAUACAAAAAUCCAAACCAGAGGUGAAAAAAGCGGAUGUAAAACCUGCGGUAAAACGGCAAAUUAGUGAACCAGAGAACAAAACAAAUUCCGCUGACAGUCUUGCUCAAGAUGCCGUACCGGAUGCUCAAAAGCUCAAAACUAAGACAAAAAAAGUAAAUGAAAAAACCGCGGUAAAAUGGUUAAUUAAUGAGCCAGGGGACAAACCAAGUUCUCCUAGCAAUCUUGUUCAGGAUACUCUCAAAUUAACUGUUGUUGACAUUUCGGAAAUAGAAAGCGGACCAGCGGAAUUUGAACUCGCCUCAUCCGAAUUACAUACAGACGUUGUACCGUUAAAAGUUGGAGAUUUAGUAGAAUUUCGAAGAAGCGGGAAGUCUUUUAUUGGCAUACUCUAUAAACUAAGAGGAGAUGAAGGCAUUGAUAAAACUUGCACCCUAUUACCGUCUGGAACAACAAUGCCUCAUCGUGACUCGGAUAUUUCGUUCCAUAUUCCCGGCUUUGCUUAUUUACCUCGGGCGGACAAGCCAGCACUAGCAGAAGGUUCACCCAUCCUUAUCAGUCAUGCAAGACUUGCAGGAGAUUUGGAAAAGGCUGCAAUGUCAUUGAUGCAAUACAAACACCUUGAAUUCAAAAAAGCAUAUUCUCAUUUCAUUCAAACAUCUGGGACCACACCAGUGUCUACCAAAGCGAUGGCUAGUCACGUGUUUAAAGAAAAUGAACCACAAUCUGCUCAAUUACUUGCCGCACAUUUAUAUAUGAUGAAGUAUUAUAUUUAUUUUAUAGUCGCGGAUCCAAGCAGACAUAGAUCAUCUGGUUACUUUAAAUUACGUCCGGUCAGCAUUGUAAACGAUCUUGAGACAGCCAUACAAUGGACUCGAAAUAGGUUAUUUAUUAAAAUGUUGAAACAAUGCACGUUGGAAGAAAAAGGCUGGCAGGAUUUAUCAUUGGAUGUAUCGGCGUCAGCAAUACUAAAACCAUUGAAAUUGUAUAAAGGAAUAAUAGACAAAGACUGUGUCGUAACAUUUCUCAGAGACAUUGGUGUAUGGACACCUUGGGAGAAUCUAGCUGUCUACAAUCCUGUGCUGAAAUUACAAGGUCAUGGCGUCUCAAAAGAUGCUGACGCAGAACACGAACAAUCUAUACAACUCGCACAGAAAUUGCUUAACCUUCCGUCGUUUGAAUAUAGCGGAAAAAAUACUUCUUCGAAAGACAAGGCUUCUCUGUUAAUCAAGACUACACCGACUCUUGGAGAGGAGGAAUUUUAUCCGUACGAUAUUUGUAAUGACAUCCGUCAUGAUUUUGGUAACCUGCCAGUGUAUACGAUUGACGAUCCAACAGCACACGAGAUCGAUGAUGGAGUAUCUAUAGAACGCGUUAUGGACAAUGGUUCGGGUUCUGCAAGCACGUGGGUAUAUAUUCAUGUUGCAGACCCAUCGGCAUAUAUUCAUCCAGCACACAAGCUUGCUCGCUUGGCUAAAUCACGUGUUCAGACAGUUUAUUUUCCAGAAAAAAAUUAUGGAAUGUUGCCGGAGAGAUUGAAUGAGGAGCGAUUUAGUUUAGGGGCCGAAACAAAAGAUGGUGGACAUAAUGUGAUGAGUUUUGGCGUUCAAAUAGAUGACAAUGGUAAUAUAAUGAACUACAAGGUACAACCGGGUAUCGUUAGACAAGUUAGAACAUUGUAUUAUGACGACGUGGAUUCCAUUCUGUCGUGGGACUGUAUACCUGGUGGAAAAGAAGAAGCCAAAUUGAUAUGCAGUAUUUGUCAUUAUUAUCCGAACCCAGUAGCUUCGACGAAAAAGUUAGAGGGCUCUGUUCCUGCUUGGACUCACAAGGAUCUUCUAGAUCUACAACAGGUUGCAAAAUUACAUAUGCAAUAUCGAUUUAGAAAUGGAAGUUUCAGCUACAACGAGCCUUCCGCAGAAGUAGCGCUAGCACCACGCCCAUUACCAUCAAAUCCCAGUAUAAUAGAACAACCAAUCUUCUAUUCAGGUAUUCCCGACAUUCAAGUAACAGUUGAUCGUAGCAAUCACUCCCCAGCGCGUUCAAUGGUGGCCGAACUUAUGAUAAUGGCAGGACGAGCCGCGGCACUCUUCUGUCACGAACGCAAUAUUCCCAUGACUUAUAGGACUCAAGUUGGAUCACAAUCAACUUUAUACGAAAGCAUCUUAUCGAACGUCGAUCCUAUAACAGGAGUCUUGCCUAUAAAAGAAAUAGCAAAAAUACGACCUUUAAUGGGAAGCGUACAAAUAACAACGGAAGCUGGUCCUCAUUUGAAUAUGGGAAUAAAAGAUGGCUACUGCAAAGUCACAUCACCGUUACGGCGUUAUGUUGAUAUGCUAGCUCACUGGCAGAUAAAGGCUCAUCUUCUUGGACAGACGCCUCCAUUUUCGACAGAAGAUCUCAACAACCUAGUGCCAUCUAUAAGAUCACGCGAACGGACUAUCAGAGCGGUCAGCUUAAGAGCAACCAAGUAUUGGGCAUUAUUUUUGGUUCAGCGUUUGCUACAGCAGGAAAAAUCAUUGGAAUUUACAGCAGUCGUGUCGGAAGAUAUCGAUAAAGAUACAAAGAUCGUUUAUGUAAAAGAAUUCGGUGUUAAUGCAAAACUUAUCGAGGGAGAUAAGUUGAUGAUUGGCGACAGCGUUAAAGUGCGACCAAUUCUUAUACGGCCUCAUCAAUGGAGUUGGGUAGUUGUACCGAUCAAGUGA